AAAAAUUAAAAAAAGUAAUGUACAACUCAUAACCCCAAUUUUAAAACAUAGUUUAAGUAAGAAUAAGUGAAAAUGUAGUCACAAAGAGUGGUGAAUGAUGGUUUAAUGGACACAGUAUCAGAAAUUAGAUGGAAUAAGGAUGUAUUUGUGACUUCAUCAUGGGAUGGGAAUAUACGGUUUUAUUAAGUUUAGUUAUAAUCUGGAUAUAGAGCAAACAUAUAAGUAGAUUAUAAGACAUCGAUUGAUUGUUAAGAGCCGUAUAGUGUAUAAAUAAUUAAUUAGUGUAUUAUCAGUAAGUUGGAAGUAAGACAGGUCGAUGGUAUUUGGAGCAUUAGCAGAUAAUACAAUAAGAGCAUAUGAUGUGAAAACUUAGAAUAAUGCAAUAAUAGGGAUUCAUGAUGAUUGUCCUGCAAGAUAAGUAUUUUGGAAUGAAGACAUGAAAUUAAUAAUAUCAUUAGGUUUAGAUAAAAAGUUAAAAUUUUGGAAUUUGUAAUCAAGUGGUGGUAGUAAACCAUAACCAGCAUUUUAAAUAGAUUUACAACAUAUACCUACAGUCGGUGAAUAGAGUGGAGAUGAGCAAUUCUUUGCAUAUGCAGAUGUUGAUAAUAAAUUUAGAUGGUUAAAUUGGAGUGUAUUAAGAGGAAACUAAAACAGUGUAGCAUCACGGAGUUUUUUUAAUAUGGAAGAAAAUUAUUUGACAGGAUAAAUAUCAUGUGUAGCAAUAAAUGAAAAUGCAACAUAAUUGGCAUAUGCAACAGUUGAUGGAAGAGCUGUAGUUAAAUCUAUAAGUAGUAGAGGAGAUUUAUCAAGCAGACUUUAAUUCAAAUGUUAUAAAGUAGAUGAAGAAAAUAGAAUAUCAUAAUAUAGAACAGAAAAAGUAUCUAGAAUGUAUAUGUGCAAUGCUUUUCAAUUUAAUUGUCGAUCUUCUAAUUGGGCUGGUACUUGUGGAUCUGAUGGUACACUAGCAUUUUGGGAUAUUAAUAAAAAAAAUAAGAUUAUGGGUGUUAAAUUAGAUGGUCCAGCUAUUGCAGGUUAAGUUUCACAAGAUGGAUAAAUAUUUGCAUAUGCUACUGGUUAUGAUUGGGCUUAAGGUUUAGAUAAAGUUGGAGAAUUUACUAAUAAAGUUGGUGCUGCCUAUAUAGAAGAGAAGUUAAUACCUUCAUAUUGA